AGAUUGUAAAGCACUCCGAGACAAAUUUGUAAUUUGUGAAAUUGGGCUAUACAAAUAAACUGAAUUGAAUUGAAUUGUGACUGACCUCUGUCUGUGAGCUUGUAGUUAGUUCAUAAGCACAGACAGACAGUCUGAGGCCGUCUGUGAGCUGCUGUCAGUAAUCCAGCUCCUGGUCUUUGAUUUGGUGAUUUUCUCAACUUCACUGACGAGUUUUUCGGGGCAAAUGUGGUAUUCAUGAAAGUUUUAUCAUCUGGGACUGGUUCUGAAGUCAGCCCAUUGGUGAAUACAUUCACAUCAGCUCUAAAGACAUCCUCAGAUUUAAAUAAUUAUAAUAAUAAUAAAUAUGAGAAUCACCAUUUGUGACUCCUGCAUCUGUGCUUUUUCAAAUAAUAGAAUAAAUAUAAUUGCAAUCACUUUCAAGUAAACCAGAUUAUCAGACAAGAAAAAAAGCUCAAUGUUGAGCUUUGUUUUGAAGGACAAAAGCAGAAAAGCCGAUCUCACGGAGGUAAAACCUGGCAAAUCGCCAAUAAUCUCGACAGUUGCGCAUGCGCAGGCGUAACCUGUAAAUGCCGUAACGUAAACAUUUACACUAAGGUACAGGCAUUACAACAUUUAUUUAUUGAUGACGUAGUUGUAUGUCCUUGUACUUUGAACUUGUGUAAUAUGUAAAGUUAUGAAUAAAGGUCUUUCUGCAUUUCCCCUGCGCCUCACUUGUGGUACGCUCCCCUCUUUCGGGGAGCACAGCUGACAACACGGCUGUCAGAGAACCCGCUUUCAGGCGUUCAUUAAAAUCAGGUGGAGAUCUUUUCUGACGUCGAUCUUCCAGUUAGGAAGAAAACGUUUCAGAAGACACUUCAGAAAAUGUUCGAGAACGAGGAACAAUGUGUUUCUGAUUUUAUUUUCAUUUUAUUUUGGAGAUCGACAGGGAACGUCUCCGAGAUCGACCGGUCGAUCGCGAUCGACGGGUUGGCGACCACUGCACUAGAUAGUGGAGGCCAUUGCCUGUGCAUAGGUGGUGAACGUCCAUGCUCUGCCAUCCAGAGCAGGGGGUUGUUCUACCAACAGCGUUCCCACAUCAUGGGCGACCCCGAGAGGUAUGCCCGUAGGGAAUAUAGGUGCAUAUAUGUGCAACAGCCUCAGGGGCAUCGUUGAGCACAUUCACCAGAGACUACAGUGAACGGGAACACCCUCCAUGCAUUGCAGGUGUUUCUCCGUCCAGAUCCUCUGCUUGAGUCAUACGAGGUAGUUUCCUUGGGAUUCCUCGUGACUCUGUUGAUAUAAGUCAUCCAGUGCUAAGCACCGCCUCUGGCGGUCAGGAAGGAUGAAAUAGAACGCAAGUUACGUAUGUAACUAUGGUUCUAUGAAUCCUGGAUGACCGCCAGAGUUCUUGGUCACUCGGAAUCUCGUGAGUUCGCGAGAAAAUUCCGUAGGACUGAUCUCGGGAUGACACCGGAAUUUAUACCCGGUGGGCGGGGUCAUCCGAGGUCACAGGUGACUGUCGUUAUUAAUACUCGACCUGCUAUGCGCAAGACGGAAGAUAUCCAGUGCUAAGCACCGCCUCUGGCGAUCAGGAAGGUUUCAUAGAACCAUAGUUACAUACGUAAUUUGCGUAAUGUCUAGCUGUAAAUUGAGUACGCUCUCAGUUUUAGUUCAGGUGAAGAUUAUAUGUCUAACUGAGGUGUCGGCUACUGACACACUCUGGAAGCAUAAACACAUUUAAUCCCCUGUACUUACUGGAGCAGAUGCACAAGUGGGGUUAUUUUAUAUUAAUAUCAUAAUCAGAGAAUAUAAAUUUGUAUUUACUUUCAUGAAUUUGUACUGAAGCCUUUUUAUUUAUGUAAAUUCUGGCAAUGGUAGAUAAGAUUAUAAAAACAUUCUGCUGUUUUAUUUCAUAAUACAAUGUACAAUACAAUAUUACAACGUGGGCUGCACGGUGGUGUAGUGGCUAGCACUGUCGCCCGGGCACCGGGGAUUCUUUAGCUAAACGGCCCUAAACAGCUUCCCAUUCAUUCUCUAUGGCGGUGUCUAAAAUCGCCGAUGUAAUAUAUCUCUGGCCACUCGCAGCUCAGUGGCGCUGUUUUCAGAGUGAAGCUCCUCCCGCUCCUCCCCCUCCUCCGUCUCAUUCAGUCUGCUGUGAGAAGGACCGACUGCACAUACGGAUCUCUGGAGCUCCACCGUUACGUCAAGCAGAGAGAUGAGCAGACAUGUGUUUUACCCUGGGAGAAUGGCUGUUUCAUUCCUUCCGCUGGCUUCUGGAGAAUGACAUUUGAUACACCAUCUACCUCAUCAGGAACCAGCAAAGAGAGGAAGCUGCAGGAGUGUUCAUGGCAGCGGGGCACAACAAGGACAGCCUCCUGUCCUUUCUCAACUAUUCCCUCAUGUUUGGAGGAAUCCAGUCUCUCCUCAACUAUGAGGAACACAAGCCAGUUGUGACAGCAGCAGCAUCGGAGGAUGACCAGCUGGUGGGUUUUGGGACUCGUGCCUACAGCACCUGGCGAGAGGUCUGGGAGAGCAGGGAGGACGGCUAUGCAUCCUUCAUCCUGAAGAAGAAGAACUGCACUGCAGGCACAAAGAUGCAUAAGCUACAACUCUACCUGAAGAAGAAGCUGCAGCCACCCACUGUCUCCCCUCUGAUGUCACACGCCUCACCUGUGAUGUCACACGCCUCACAUGCUCCUGCUGAAGCCAUUGUGAUGGAUGAAGAUGAAGAGCUGGAGAGGAUGAUGCUGAGCAUCUCUCCUUCAAAGCAACAUGUGCAGAGCUCUGUUUCUGCAUCUUCGUCAUCCUCCUCAUCUGCCAGACGACGAGAAAGAGGUCUUUAACCCAGAGCACCGUGCUGCCGACCGACACAACUGGGACCAUGAGUUCCUCUCCCACAUGCAGCAGGACUCGUCUGGUGUCGACCGUGUUCUGGUCCUGUUUGUCUUUUGGUGUUCCGCCUGUUGUCCUCGUGACGAUGAAUGGACUCCGGUCCUGAUGAGGCAGCCGGGCGUUCACCUCCCAGCCGUCUUUGAUCCUGCAUUGAUGGCCCAGCUCAACGCAGCCUCCGAACGGGUGUUGGGACAGAUGAAGUAUCCAGCACUUCAUCUCUCGAGCACCGACACUGGAGAAAAGUUUGGCCUGCAGUACGUUGAGCCUGGUUGCCGCCCAGUUCCUGUGGACUGGGACAAGCACAGGACCAAGUCGGACUCUGCCCCCCCGGCCCUGAAUCCACCUCCUCAAAGCAGCGUGCCUACUGUCCAGUCAUCCUCACUCUUCAUGGCACCACAGAAGCUGUUCCAGUUUCCUCCACGCCCUCCUGUGGAUUCUGCUGCUGUCAAACCAGACGUGACUCCCGGGCCUCCGACAGAUCCAGAAACAUGUCGGCCGUCUCUGCCGCUGCUGUCCUCGCCGACUGCUGCUCGCACUGGACCUGUGAAGACAGGGGGGAGAGUGUUUGUGUUGGACCACAAGCGGUGGCCGGCCCCCAUGAAGGCAACUAUUGACAACCUGCUCAAUAAACACCGUGGCAUGAAGGACAUGCUCAAGCUAGUGCACCAGGACUAUGCUGCUCUAGUUCACAACUCUUGCACAGACCCAAACAACAUGCUCCACCCAACAACGAAACACCACAUCUUACAAUACGUUAAACACCUCUGCAAAUUACUGAACACCAGCUCGUCUUUAAACACCAGCCCCGAAAAACUGCAAGAGCGGCAGGAACUCUGGCACGCUCUGACAAAGGGCAGCGAGACGACCCGGGUGCCGGUUGUAACAAUGCCUGUUGCAGUCGUGAACCCACCUCCACCUAGUCAGACCCUCACUAAAGCCUCUAUUGAGCAAAUUGUGCAAAAUAUUAUUGAAAAGCAACAACAGCAUCAGCAGCAACAACAACAACCAGUGGCUUCAAAGAAGCAGACAAAAACGUGCCUUUCCUGUGGUCAGCCAAAGUCCAGGAACACAGUUCUUUCAGCAGGAACUGUCUGCCACAAAGAAAAGGGUGGAGGAGAGAGGCCAGCAGAAGAGGAAGAGAACUGAAUCCCAGCACAGAACCCCAGAACACUGGUCCAAGGUGUCGCUUUUGUGGGAUGGGACUGAAGCAGGGCCCAAACAGCCCUCACAUUCACACCGGGUUCCCGGGGGUAGCAGGGAAGUACGUUUAUUGUCCUGCCAAAGUAUUUUCCCUGUACAGAGACCAGGGCAUGGAGAAGGAGAUGACGUGGAGAGAGUUCAAGGCAUCUGCCUUCUAUGAGACGGGAAAAACAGAUGGGCCGUUGACAAGAGCAAAUAAGAGAGAUGGGCAGUGUUUUGUCAUGUAUAUAUCUUUUCUUAUUUUAAUAAUUACAUUCUUUUAUGAUAUAAAUUAUAUUUGUUUUACUAUUUUUAUUGUUUUUAUUGUUUGUGUGACCUUGCACUAUGGCCUGUGUGUUCAAUAUUUACUGUCCUUGUUGUGAAUAAAUAUAUUUCAUGGA